CGGGCCGUGAGCGCCAUGGCCGUGGCCGGGGCCCCCGCGGGCGGCCCUUGCGCGCCGGCGCUGGAGGCCCUGCUCGGGGCCGGCGCGCUGCGGCUGCUUGACUCCUCGCAAAUCGUCAUCAUCUCCACGGCGCAGGACGCCAGCGCCCCGCCGGCCCCCGCCGCGCCCGCCGCCGGCCCCCGCGACCCCGACCUGCUGCUCUUCGCUACGCCGCAGGCGCCCCGGCCCACACCCAGCGCGCCGCGCCCGGCGCUCGGUCGCCCGCCGGUGAAGCGGAGGCUGGACCUGGAAACUGACCAUCAGUACCUCGCCGAGAACGGUGGGCCAACCCGGGGACGAGGCCGCCACCCAGGAAAAGGUGUGAAAUCCCCAGGGGAGAAGUCACGCUAUGAGACAUCACUGAAUCUAACCACCAAACGCUUCCUGGAGCUGCUGAGCCGCUCAGCUGAUGGUGUUGUCGACCUGAACUGGGCAGCUGAGGUGCUGAAGGUGCAGAAACGCCGCAUCUACGAUAUCACCAAUGUCCUUGAAGGCAUCCAUCUCAUCACCAAGAAGUCCAAGAACCACAUCCAAUGGCUAGGCAACCAUGCAGCAGUGGGGAUCAGUGGGCGGCUUGAAGAAUUAACUCAGGACCUCCAGCAACUGCAGGAGAAUGAACGACAGCUGGACCAUCUGAUCCACGUCUGUACCACGCAGCUACGGCUGCUUUCAGAAGAUCCCGAAAGCCAGCGUCUGGCCUAUGUGACCUGCCAGGACCUUCGUAGUAUUGCAGAUCCUUCAGAGCAGAUGGUCAUGGUGAUCAAGGCCCCUCCCGAGACCCAGCUCCAAGCCACAGACUCCUCUGAGAACUUUCAGAUCUCCCUUAAGAGUGAUCAAGGCCCCAUCGACGUAUUCCUGUGCCCUGAGGAGAAUGUAGGUGGGAUCAGCCCUGGAAAGACUCCAUCACCCCAGGGGACAGCUGCUGGGGAGGAGGACAGGCCAGCUGACCCUGCGACCACGGUGCCGCCACCACCAUCUCCCUCCUCUUCUCCUCCCCCGGAUCCCAGUCAGUCCCUACUUAGCCUGGAACAAGAGCCUCUGCUGUCACGGAUGGGAGGCCUGAGGGCCCCUGUGGAUGAGGACCGCCUGUCCCCGCUGGUGGCCACCGACUCGCUCCUGGAGCAUGUGCGGGAAGACUUCUCCAACCUCCUCCCUGAGGAGUUCAUCAGCCUGUCCCCGCCCCAUGAGGCUCUUGACUACCACUUUGGCCUUGAGGAGGGCGAGGGCAUCAGAGACCUCUUCGACUGUGACUUUGGGGACCUCACUCCCCUGGAUUUCUGACAGGGCUUAGGGGGAACAGGGCUUUCUGAGAUGUCCAUCCCAUCUCUGCAACCCUGGAACCCCCUGCCCCUGGUUGUCUUCCCAGCCUGAUUGGAAACGUUUUAUUUAUACCCCUUCCCCUUAUCUCCAGAUUCUUCUAGCUCUGGGGUCUGGCUAUGGGCAGGAGACUGAGCAAGCCAGGAAGGGGAGGAUUCUGUUUAUGGUGUGUAUGUGCAUGCGCCCACCACCCAGUGUGUAUGCAAGGGUGAGUGGCGUGUGAGCAUGUAUGUGUGCAUGUCCCGGGGAAUGAAGGUGAACACAACUGCGUGUGCACUGAAAACACGCCCCAGUGUGUCCACGUGUGUGUGCAUGAGUCCAUGUGUGCGCGUGGUGGGGGCUCUAACUGCACUUUUGGUCUCCUUGCUCCAGGGGCCCCAGGAGGCCUAGGCUGGCCACCCGCCCCCAGAAUCCUGUGCGCUGACCAGGCCAGGUGGCAAGGCCUUGGCCUGCUUCUUUGCAGGACAGUGAGAGCACUUCUGUCGUCUUAAAGGUUUUUCUGAUUGAAGCUUUAAUGGAGCGUUAUUUAUUUAUCAAGGCCUCUUUGGCAAGCCUGGGGCACCAGCAACUGAUAGGAGGGAUGUGGGGUAGAUUUCCCAACUCCUUAUACCCCUGAGUGAGGGCAGUGGCCCACAAAGCUGUUUUCUUGCCCUACUCUGAAGGAACUGAUGCCUGAACGGUUUAUUUAUUGAGAAAGUGAGGGAAGGAAACAGAUCAACAGCCAUGGGUGGGUGGAGUGGGUGGGUAGGCCCUCCCCAGGGACCCCAGCAGCUCCCUAGGAUGGACAUGAGAUGAAAAAGGUGUGUGGGGGAAUGUCACUGAUAGUGGGGCAGGAGGGGUGGAUGAAGGGCCUCCCUGCCGCCCAGAUCACAGGAGCCCCUCCUGUGGCAUUUGACAUAUCACCCUCCACCCCACUUCUUGCUGUGCCCCACUUUCCAAUCUGCACUUUGAUUUGUCUUCCUAACAGCUCUGUUUUCUUCUGCUUUGGUUUUAAUAAAUAUUUUGAUGGUGUUUGGGUCAGGUUUUGAGUUGUAUAACUGCCAGCAAAUCUGGGGGUGGGAAAAGCCAAGGUUGAUGGGGUUAUGCCCACUCUCUAUUUCCCUUUUCUUUGUCCCCUCUUAGUUUAAUUUUAUUGGAAGCUUACAGCCCCAGGAAAACCCCCUUCACCAUUUUUGUCCUAAUUAAACAUUCAUUCAAUAAAUAAUUUUAUUAUGUAAAGUCAGAAAUACUCAGAAGUAUGGGAAGCAGUAAGUGAACUCCCUGUGUUUCCCCAGCCCAAGAGACCACUCCGAUUAGUUUGCUGUGUUCUUUCCAGAUGUUUCUGGGCCUUUGUAAACAUACAACAAAUAAUUACAACAGACUUACUCUGUGUCAGGUACUUUUGGUUCUGGGGAUAAUGUGUUUCCUCCAUGAGGUU